AUGUCCAUGCCGUCUUCCAUCCCCUCGCCCGUAGAUCUGGCUAGUUACGCCCGGUCGAUGCACCUGCACACCAAGCGGCAAAUGGAGGCGGCGAACAUGCCCACGAGCCGGCGGAGUAACCGCUCGUCGCGGACCCACGUCCCCGGCCUACCUAACGGCACAUCCGGCACGUCGUCGUCCAGGAAUCCGGACGAAAAGCCGGAUAUGGAACUUGGUCGUGGGGCGUUCCAGAUGUUCUAUUAG